GCAGGCCGACACGCGCUCCCGUCGGUAUCCUGCGGCUCCAUCAUGGCUCUCAACAUCCCCGGCGUGUCCGUCAUGAUGCUCUUCUACCUGCUGGUGCUCGGGAUCGGCAUCUGGGCCUCCGUCAAGUCCAAGAAGGAGGCGAAGAAGGGCCAGGGGGACAAGACGGAGAUGGCUCUGCUGGGAAACCGGGGCAUCAACCUGGUGGUCGGCAUCUUCACCAUGACAGCUACGUGGGUCGGAGGCGGAUUCAUCGUGGGCACUGCUGAAGCGGUGUACAACCCGUCCAUGGGGCUGAUCUGGGCUGUGAUGCCAAUAGCUGCAACCAUGUGCUUCAUCAUCGGUGGGCUUUUCUUCGCCGAGCCCAUGAGGAACAAUAAAUACGUGACCAUGAUGGAUCCCUUCCAGAUCAAAUACGGAAAAGUACCGACAGCCGCUCUGUCGCUGGCUUCACUCGCCUCGGAGAUUAUGUGGGUGACAGGAACACUCAUAGGAUUAGGCGUCACCAUGAGUGUGAUCCUGGAUCUGUCCUACACCGUCAGCAUCUGGAUCUCCGCGGCCGUGGCCAUCACCUACACCCUGCUGGGGGGGCUCUACUCUGUGGCCUACACAGACAUCAUACAGCUCAUCCUCAUCUUCAUCAGCCUGUGGCUGUGCGUCCCCUUCGCCCUGACGAGCCCGGCCGUGUCGGACAUCACUGAGACGGCCUACAACAACACCUUCCAGUCCCCGUGGGUGGGCACUCUGGAGGCGGACCGAGCCUGGAGGUGGAUCGAUAACUUUCUACUUCUGGGUUUGGGGAACUUGGGUCUCCAGAACUUCCACCAGCGGACUCUGUCCGCCGCCUCCUCGUCCACGGCGAAGAUCACCUGCUUCGCCGCCGCGUUCAUCGUUCCCACGUUAGGCAUCCCGCCGAUCCUCCUCGGAGCGGCGGCCGCAUCCACAAACUGGAACUUGACCACGUACGGUUCUCCGUCCCCGUUCGAACGCCACGAGACGGGGCUCGUCCUGCCGCUCGUCCUGCAGCACCUCACGCCCACCUACAUCUCCAUCAUCGGCAUCGGCGCCGUGGCGGCCGCCGUCAUGUCGUCCACCGACUCGGCCUUGCUGUCCGCGGCCUCCAUCUUCACCUCCAACAUCUACAGGAACAUCCUGCGCACGCAGGCCUCCGAGCAGGAGAUCCAGUGGGUGAUCCGCUUCUCGGUGGUGGCGGUGGGCCUGGCCGGGACGUCGCUCACCUUCCUGGACAACAGUGUGCUGAUGAUCUGGCUGCUGCGCUCCGACCUCACCUACACGCUCAUGCUACCUCAGCUCGUCUGCGUGCUCUUCUUCAGCGUCUCCAACGGUUACGGGGCGAUCCUGGGCUGCGUGGUCGGCAUCGUGCUCCGGGUGCUUUGCGGAGAGCGCCUGCUCGGGUUACCCCCCAUCAUCAAAUUCCCAGGGUGCACUCUGGUGGACGGCGUCUAUGUUCAGCGCUCGCCCAUCAGGACCAUCUGCAUGCUGUCCGCUGUGGUGGCCAUCUUGCUUUUCUCCUACUUGGCCUCCGUGCUCUUCAACAGAGGUCUGAUUCCAGAGAAAUGGGAUGUUUUCAACGUGAAAGCUCAGUACUCAGCUCAACCACAAGGGGGAGCCAAAUCCGACUCUAAGACCCCGAGUUUAAAGGAACCAAAUGAGGACAACGACGUGUGCGAACCGAUGCUGGAGUCAACAUGUUAAGUUAUUUUAUACAUUCUACAUUACCUGGGACUGAUUUAUUAGGGAAUGAUGGGACACUUUUAAUUAUAGCACCGUAUUUUGAAUUUUUGUACACUUUUAUAUGCAGCACGAAUGGGAAAACAUCGCACAGACUGUAUGCUCUUUGUUGUAAGAGCUCAUUUCUUCUGCAAUUUUAUGCAGCGGUGAUACUUUGAAGCAUCGAUGGAAACCGGGGAC